CGGGCCCGCUAGCGCAGUGGGGCUGCCGGGCUGCUCGGGUUGCGCGGCGUGUGCAGGCGUCGCCGCCUCUUUCCUCCGCUGCCCCUCCUCGCCGCCGCCGCCGCCGCCGCCGCUCUUCCUCCUCCGACUCCCCCGCCCCACCGACACCCGGCUUCGGCUCGGGCCGCGCCGCACUCCGCGGCCGCCACCUGGGGAUCCCGAGCGAGGGGCGGAGGCUCUGCAUGACGCAGGCAUCCUCCACUCCAGCCACAGAACGUCCGCGGGCUGUAGAAGAACCUGAUUUGAUAAGGUUGUCCUUGCCAGAAGGAACCAUGAAUUGGCAUUUUCCUUUUUUCCUCGUGGCCACCGUGACAUUGCCCUCUGUGUGCUCCCAGUUCAACCCCCUGUCUCUGGAGGAACUAGGCUCGGACACAGGAAUCCAGGUGUUCAAUCAGAUUGUCAAGUCCCGGCCUCAUGACAACAUCGUCAUUUCCCCCCACGGGAUUGCGUCCGUCCUGGGGAUGCUUCAGCUGGGAGCCGACGGCAGGACCAAGAAGCAGCUCACCACAGUGAUGAGAUACGGCGUGAAUGGAGUGGGUAAAGUAUUAAAGAAGAUCAACAAAGCCAUCGUCUCCAAGAAGAAUAAAGAUAUUGUGACGGUGGCCAAUGCCGUGUUUGUGAAGAAUGGCUUUAAGAUGGAAGUGCCUUUCGUCACGAGGAACAAAGACGUGUUUCAGUGUGAAGUCCGGAACGCGAACUUCGAAGACCCCGCCUCUGCCUGUGACUCCAUCAACGUGUGGGUUAGGAACGAGACCAGGGGUAUGAUCGACAAUCUGCUGUCCCCGGAUCUUCUCGACGGUGUCCUCACCAGACUGGUCCUGGUCAAUGCAGUGUAUUUUAAGGGCUUAUGGAAAUCACGCUUUCAGCCUGAGAACACAAAGAAGCGCACGUUUGUGCCAGCUGAUGGGAAAUCCUACCAAGUGCCGAUGCUGGCCCAGCUCUCCGUGUUCCGGUGUGGGUCUACAAGCACCCCCAGUGACUUAUGGUACAACUUUAUCGAGCUGCCCUACCACGGGGAAAGCAUCAGCAUGCUGAUCGCGCUGCCGACAGAGAGCUCCACCCCACUCUCAGCCAUCAUCCCGCACAUCAGCACCAAGACCAUAGACAGCUGGAUGAGCACCAUGGUGCCCAAGAGGGUGCAGGUCAUCCUGCCCAAGUUCACAGCUGUAGCACAGACAGAUUUGAAGGAGCCGCUGAAGGUCCUUGGCAUCACCGAUAUGUUUGAUCCAUCAAAGGCAAAUUUUGCAAAAAUAACAAGGUCCGAAAACCUUCAUGUUUCUCACAUCUUGCAAAAAGCGAAAAUUGAAGUCAGUGAAGAUGGAACCAAAGCUUCAGCAGCAACAACUGCGAUUCUGAUUGCAAGGUCAUCGCCUCCCUGGUUCAUAGUAGACAGACCUUUUCUAUUUUUCAUCCGACAUAAUCCUACAGGUGCUGUUUUAUUCAUGGGGCAGAUAAACAAACCCUGAAGAGUAUACAAAAGGAACCAUGCAAAGCAAAGACUACUUUGCUAUGAAGAAAAGACUCCUUUCCUACAUCUUUCAUAGUUCUGUUAAAUAUUUUUGUACAUUACUUUCUUUUUAAAAACUAGUUCUUAGGAACAGAGACUCAGUGAUGCAGUGUUUCUGUUCUGGGAGGCGUUAAGGGAAAAAAGGGCAAGAUGGCUGGAACACUGUACUGAGAAAUGAACAGAAGGCUUCAAAAUGUCUAAAAGAUUCUUUAAACUACUGAGUGGUUACCUAGGUCAACAACCCUCUUGAGUAUUUACUGUCCAGUUCAGGAUCUUUGUUUUGUUUUGUUUAUAUGUGUGGCUUUUCAGAAAAAAAAUUAAUCAGUGUGAUGGGAGGGAAAAAAGGACAUUUUAUGGUAGCUCUUACGGUUAUAUGAAAAAAUAUUAUUGGCCUUUUAAAUUUUUUUUUUUUUGUCUCAUCCAAAGUCUUGAUAGUAAGAAUUACUUUGGGGAUAGAAAUAGCGAAAUCUCUAGGCUCUUUGUGUGUUUUUGUUGUUGUUGUUGUUUUAUAUAAUGCAUGUAUUCACUAAAAUAAAGUUUAAAAAACUAAUGUCUUGCUAGACAAGGUUUGCUGUUGUGCAGUGUGCCUGUCGCUACUGUUCUGUACUCUUUGGAUUUGCAUUUUUGUAUUUUGUACAAAGUAAAAAUAAAGUGUUAUGAGUAGUA